CCUCUAUUAACUUUGCCUUCAAUCAGUCGACCGCUUGAGUCGCUAUUGACGGUACAUACACGGAAGUGUACACAAAGACAAUGGUCCACCCAUUAAAAAUCAUGGGCUAUGUGCUGGUGGAAAUCAUCAUCUUCUUCUGGGACAACCAAAUUUUCUACUUAAGCUACAGCUAUCCGGGCCAGAAUCUGAUCUUCGACCGACACUCGUACGUGAACAAGACUCAUGUGUUCGUCGUCUGCGAGGAGCCGGGCCAGCAGCGGCAGCAGCAGAGUGGAUCGAUCGAGACCAGAUGCGAAGUGAACCACGUCGAUAUUAAUCAGACGUAUAAGUGUCCGAUUACGUUGACUACGCAUGAUCUAAACGCCAGCAUCAGGCACGAUUCGAUGAAGGUUUUGCCCUUGGGUGUGGACAAAGCCAUUUUGAGCUGGGUUGAUCCGAGUUUGCCACCGUCGACCGAAAAUAGGUGGCAACUGAACGUCGUGCACUUCCAAGACUGCUCGAUACACAAGGCCGAACAAUCACAGCUGAAGAAUCUGCAGCCCGUGAGCUUCGUCGUCUACGAUGACUGGUUCGUCGCCAUAGUCAAUAGCGAUCAGCGGUACAGCGCGUGCUAUCGCUCGGAGGCCUCGACCCAUGACGUGCCCAGGUGCCGGGUCGGCUUCGACGAUCGUUUAAAUGCCAGUUCCGGGCCCACCUUCUGGUUCAAACAGGACAUCCGCGACGACGCGAUGAUGGUGGCCCCGUUGGAGCACAAUAAUCCGUCGGGCGAGCACCUGCUCAUCGACACCCAACACUACGAGCUACAUUUCGAAACGAACGCUCGCGUCUCGAUUAUCCAACGGAACGGCACGAUCACCGAGCUGCGCAACUACAUGAUUCGCGACGCCAACUCGACGGACGUCGAUCCCUACGAGCGCAUCGCCUACUCGACGCACAACGGCUACAUAGGCGUCUGCGCCAAGACCACUGAAACGGAGGCGAACCUGAGCUGCAGCCAGUGGGAUCGACGAGGUCAGCUGAUCUUCGAAACCAAAUUGGUGUUGGAAGUCAAUUACUUCCACGAGUUCGCUCUGAUAAAUCUACCCAGGGGCAAAGGCUUCUUCCUGCUCACGACCUAUUGCUACGAAACUUUGUGUAAAACAGCCAGUAAUCAGUUUUACGUGACGUGGAUAAACAGGUACGGCAAUUUAGGAUCGGACAAAAACUACGAGAUGAACAAGUUCGAGUGCGACCGGAGCAUCAAUAGGGCCGACGCGCAAAUGUUUCAACUGGGCUACCAUUACUGUUUCACCCGCGUCUGCUACGAGGACUUUUUUGUGAACGAGUACAAGGACCCGCGGCAAAUUAGGACUAGAGAGUUCAAGCUGGACACCACCUGCUUCGACGGCGACUGGCUUCAAAAGGUACCUCCGACGCACUGGAAACAAAUUACAAGUUGGAUCGAACACACUUAUAACCUGUUUUAUGAAAAGUUUUUUUACACUUUUACGAUAAAUUAUGGACACGCAUUUAACAUGACUUCAAUUAAGAUAAAUAAAUAACUUUUGAUAAUUGAAA